AUGGCUCGUUCUCUUCUGUGUGUUCUUCUGAUAUUUGGGGGCGUCUUUGCGGCGGCCGUACUGAACUCCGUCUCUCGUGAAGCCGCAAGAAGGAAGGAACAGAUGUCGAGCGUUGCUGAGGUGGAGCGGCUGCUCGCUGUUACGAGGAAGUCACUGGCGAUUCCCCCGAGAAAUACCUACGAGGCUGAGAACACGUACAUGGCCAACGUGGAGCGUCUCAAGGAGGCACGGGCGAAACUUGAUCCCUUCAGUGGGGAAUACGUGGAGCGUCUGCUGCGCGACAUGGACCAGCUGGAGCAGGAGGUGAAUAAAAUGGUGCUGCGGAAAAGCAACACUGUAGACGCGCUGCUGGACGUGGACUUCGACGCGGGGGCGGUUGAGGACGACGUGGAUGAAGUGGAAGCGGCGGAGCAGGAGAUGGAGAGGAAGCGCGAAGGAAGGAAGAAGCAGGGCGGGCGCAAGACCAAAGCCAAAAAGUCGCAGACAAAGAUAGAUAACACCGAAACGACGGAAGAGGUAACUGUUGUCUCCGACCCCACGCUGUCAGGUGCAAUGCCGCAUAAGAAAGAAAAGGAAGAGGCAACCAUCGUCGAAGCCGCUGAAGUUGAUGUUGAGGAGGUGGCCAAGUAUACAGAAUGCAGUAGCAGCGAUAUACCGCAGGAGGCCAUUGGUCAAGGUCGAUGUUUGCGAAUCCCGGGUACCCCAUUGGUGCGUCUGGAUUUUACCACGCCUGUAGAGUAUGAUGGCAUCGAGUGCCAAUGCCGUGUGCUUUUGCACCGCGCCGUUGUAACGGCGCUCACGUACGGGGCGCCUUCAGCGACGCCAAUCCCUCUUGUGGCCACGGCGGACAAUUCGCUGCCCGUGAACAUUGAAGAAGAGCCUCCGCGUACAUUAACUGAGGCAGUCAAGCAGGAGGAGCUGCAAGACGCGGAUGAUGAGGCGAAACUUGUCGAAUUGGAUGACGCAACCGCCACAGCUGAGCUUUCCAAGCAACUUGUGGCUGAGUAUGACGCCAUACUGGGGGAGAAGGAAGAGGAGGAAAGCUCGACCAAGUUGCUGCCGUUGGAUGUGCCACCCAAGUUGCGUGACUCGUUGCGUUUGUUCACUUUUUUGCCUUGGGUGAUCCUCAUGUGCCACGGUGGAUAUUUUGCCGGCGGAGUGUUUCUUAACAACAAACCGGUGGUUCACAAGGCUUUUCAGCGCUAUGUUGUGCGUAAGAAGCAGGGCGGGAAGCAGUCUUCAAGUGAGAAGGAAGGGGGCAGUUACGGCAGUGUAGGCUCCCAAAUACGUCGCGCACAGGAGAUUAAAUGGAAGACGGACGUCAGGGAUAUACUCUUGAGCUGGCGCAAUUACAUCGAUGCUGCAGCCAUUGUGUUAUAUGUUGCACCAGGACCUCAGAACCGUGCUGUGCUGACGGACUUCUCAGGGUUGCCAGCCGUCACGACAGGUAAAGGUGAAAGAGCGGUGUCACCGGUAAGUGUGCAAGACCCCCGUGUGCGCAAGGCGCCCCUGACGACACAUCGCCCAACGUUUCAAGAAGUUCAGCGUAUCUACAAGGCGGUGUCUACAUGUACCGUCGAGUACGUGAGGUGCCUUCAGUAA